CUUCCGUUUCCGGAGGUCUGGUUGCCUAGGAAACCAGCAAGCAUCGCAAUCCUGGCAGUUAUGGCGGGGCUGAGCAGCACGCAGAUCCCCGACGGGGAGUUCACCGCCGUCGUGUACCGGCUCAUCCGCGACUCCCGCUAUGCCGAGGCGGUGCAGCUGCUGGGUGCAGAGCUGCAGCGGAGCCCCAGGAGCCGCGCCGGCCUGUCGCUGCUGGGCUACUGCUACUACCGCCUGCAGGAGUUCGCGCUGGCCGCUGAGUGCUAUGAGCAGCUGGGCCAGCUGCACCCAGAACUCGAGCAGUACCGCCUGUAUCAGGCCCAGGCUCUGUACAAGGCCGGCCUUUAUCCAGAGGCCACGCGGGUGGCCUUCCUCCUCCUGGACAAUCCCGCCUACCACAGCCAGGUCCUCCGCCUGCAAGCUGCUAUCAAGUACAGUGAGGGUGACCUGCCAGGGGCCAGGAGCCUGGUGGAGCAGCUGCUGAGUGAGGAAGGGGGGGAAGAGAGUGGAAGUGAGAAUGAGCCUGAUGGUCAGAUCAACCUGGGUUGUUUGCUGUACAAGGAGGGACACUACGAAGCUGCCUGUGCCAAAUUCUUUGCGGCCCUGCAGGCUUCAGGCUACCAGCCUGACCUUUCCUACAACUUGGCACUGGCCUAUUAUAGUAACAGGCACUAUGCCCCGGCUCUGAAGCAUAUUGCCGACAUUAUUGAGCGUGGUAUCCGUCAGCACCCAGAGCUUGGUGUGGGCAUGACCACGGAGGGCAUUGAUGUUCGCAGUGUUGGCAACACUUUAGUCCUCCACCAGACUGCUCUGGUGGAAGCCUUCAACCUUAAGGCAGCCAUAGAAUACCAGCUGAGAAACUAUGAGGCAGCCCAGGAAGCUCUCACUGACAUGCCACCUAGGGCAGAGGAAGAAUUGGACCCUGUGACCCUGCACAACCAGGCACUCAUGAAUAUGGAUGCCAAACCUACAGAAGGGUUUGAGAAGCUACAGUUUUUGCUCCAACAGAACCCCUUCCCCCCAGAGACUUUUGGCAAUCUUUUGCUGCUCUACUGUAAAUAUGAGUAUUUUGACCUGGCAGCAGAUGUCCUGGCAGAAAAUGCCCAUUUGACUUAUAAAUUCCUCACACCCUAUCUCUAUGACUUCUUGGAUGCCCUGAUCACUUGCCAGACAGCUCCUGAAGAAGCUUUCAUUAAGCUUGAUGGCCUAGCAGGGAUGCUGACUGAGCAGCUUCGUAAACUUACCAUACAAGUACAGGAAGCAAGACACAAUAGAGAUGAAGAAGCUGUCAAAAAGGUGGUGAAUGAAUAUGAUGAAGCCCUUGAGAAAUACAUUCCUGUGCUGAUGGCCCAGGCAAAGAUCUACUGGAAUCUUGAAAAUUAUUUGAUGGUAGAAAAGAUUUUCCGCAAAUCUGUGGAAUUCUGUAAUGACCAUGAUGUGUGGAAGUUGAAUGUGGCUCAUGUUCUGUUCAUGCAGGAGAACAAAUACAAAGAAGCCAUUGGUUUCUAUGAACCCAUUGUCAAGAAGCACUAUGAUAACAUCCUGAAUGUCAGUGCUAUUGUAUUAGCUAACCUCUGUGUUUCCUAUAUUAUGACAAGUCAAAAUGAAGAAGCAGAGGAGCUGAUGAGGAAGAUUGAAAAGGAGGAAGAGCAGCUGUCCUAUGAUGACCCAGACAGGAAAAUCUACCAUCUCUGCAUUGUGAAUUUGGUGAUAGGAACACUUUAUUGUGCCAAAGGAAAUUAUGACUUUGGUAUCUCUCGAGUUAUCAAAAGCUUGGAACCUUACAGUAAAAAGCUAGGAACUGAUACCUGGUAUUAUGCCAAAAGAUGCUUCCUGUCCUUAUUAGAAAACAUGUCAAAGCACACAAUCAUGCUUCGUGACAAUGUUAUUCAAGAAUGUGUGCAGUUUCUAGAACACUGUGAACUUUAUGGCAGAAACAUACCUGCUGUUAUAGAACAACCCUUGGAAGAAGAAAGAAUUCAUAUUGGAAAGAACACAGUCACAUAUGAGUCCAGACAGUUAAGAGCUUUGAUUUAUGAGAUUAUAGGAUGGAAUAUAUAGUUAUAGAUGAUGACUUUGUUGGAAUAGCUUUGUUAUAUAAAUUUUGUACUAUUUUUCUAUAUUUAGCCUUUGGCAUUUAUAUUUGUUAUAUGUUGCACUUUGUACACUUUAGUAUUAUAAAAAAUAUUAGAUAAACUUUCAUUUUUAAAUUCCCCACAGAAUGAAAUAUCUUAAGAACUGUUUUCCCAGAAAGAAUUGUCAAAAGUUAAAAACUGAUAUGGGAUGUUAUGUCUUUUAGAACUU